AUGAUGCUCCACUCUCUUCUCGGGAUCUUGUGCUUGAUCUCUGCAGUUUUCUGUGUGAGGCAGCCGUCUGAUGAUUACUGGGGUGAGUAUGGCCCGUACGGAGCCUGCAGCCGCACAUGUGGCUCCGGAGUAGCUGUGAGAACCAGAGUCUGCAACACUAUGAGGACGGAUGGUGGACACAAUUGCGUGGGACCAUCCAAGUCCUACAAACUCUGUAACACACAGGAAUGCCCUGUAGGAGCUCUAGAUUUUCGCGAAGAACAGUGUUCUCAUUUUGACCGAAUGGAGUUCCAGGGAAAACGUUACACCUGGCAGCCGUAUUAUGGAGCGUCAAACCCAUGUGAGCUGGUGUGUGUGCCCAGAGGAGAGAACUUCUACUACCGUCACAGACCCACUGUGGCGGACGGCACACCAUGCUACGUGGGUCGCAGAGACAUCUGUGUGGAGGGUGUCUGCAGAGCGGUGAGCCAUGGGGAGAUUGUGGCAUUUGAGGAUCACUCUCUUCCUGUCACUUCUGGACAUGGACCUGCUGCUGCUCAUCUGGACACCUACAGGUACACAUACAGCACCUAUUCAGAGUGUACUCUUCACUGUGGUGGGGGCGUGCAGACCCGUACUGUGUACUGUAUUAAUGAGAGAACGUCAGCAACGGUAGAUGAAUCUCACUGCAUUGCACAAGGCCUCAGGAAACCAACUUCCCAGGAGGCCUGCAAUCAGCACCCUUGUGUCGAGUACAGUGUUGGUCCAUUUGGUGAUUGUUCAGUGACGUGUGGCGAAGGACAGCAGACGCGGGAGGUGUUGUGCAUCGGUGGCAGAGGAGAGCGUCUCCCUGAGCACCACUGCAGGGGUCUCACACGUCCACAUGAGAUCAGAUCCUGUCAGAGACCAGCUUGCCACAAAGUUUUUAGAUACUACACCAAUGACUUCAGCUUGUGCACUCGUAGCUGUGGAACUGGUACUCGUGAGCGCAAAGUGGUAUGCAUGGAUUUGGAUCUCCAUCAAUAUGCAGAUGAUAGAUGUGCUUCUCUCAGCAGACCUCAUGCUGUGGAGAACUGUAACACACAGCCCUGCCCUGGUGCACAAAUGGUGCCCAGCGUUCAGGACCCUAGUGAUUACGAGAGCUCCUUGCGUGGAUUUGUGCCUCAUACCCAUGAUGCAGCCUCAGUUCACAGACCAAGCGAUCCAUACCCCACAGUGACCGGUCCGCAUUGUGCCCAAUCAUAUUACGGCUGCUGUCCUGAUGGCCACACUACUGCCUCUGGACCUCGUGGAGAAGGCUGUGCUCACGAUGACUGUCAUAGGUCCAGAUAUGGCUGCUGCCUGGAUGGAGUAACUUCUGCUCAUGGUUUUGGAAGAGCAGGAUGUCCUGAUUCCCCCUAUAGGGACUAUAGCCCAGUCCGUCAACCCUCUGCUAGUGUGUGCUCUUUGGCACAGGAAGUUGGGUCCUGUUAUGAAUGGACAGCUCGUUUCUACUUUGAUCAUUCCUCUGGCUCUUGCUUGCAUUUCUGGUACGGUGGUUGCCAAGGAAAUGGCAAUAACUUUGUCUCCAAAGAGGAAUGUGAGCGGACAUGUAAGGCUUCUGCCAGAGGCCUUGCCCCAAGAGAACCAACAUCCAGGAGAGGGAUCAACGGGGUCAGAGGUUAUAGAAUGAGAUCCCGUGCAUAAAGGGGUCAAAAGAAAGGUCAUUGCAAUCCCACAACAAACAAAUCCCACUCACAUACAUGUACAAAACAACAAUUUAUUCA